UCUCCAGUCCAGCGGGUGGCGCUAAACACAUUCGUUUGUUUGACAAACAUCAUUAAACCUCAGAAGAAGAAGAUUAGUUUCACCGCGCUCUCUGUUGUUCUCUCGUGAUGCUGGUUUAAUACAAACUGUUAGAAAUGUUUUUUUCUGUAAAUAAAGAAAUACAGUUUUUGAAUCAGGUCAGUUAUACCUGUAAUAUUCUCGUCCUCACAUUCCUGACUAAGUUUUGAAUCAAGCAGGAAUAUCUGGAGGAGUAUCAUCUGAACUGAGAUCUGCUGCUGUGAAGAGAAGAUGGAGUUUGUUAAAGAUGAGAAUGAAGAGAACAUGAGAGAACCAGAAACCUGGAGAAUAAAACACGAGGAACCAGAAACCUGGAGAAUAAAACACGAGGAACCAGAAACUUGGAGAAUAAAACACGAGGAACAAGGAGGCCAGAUGAAAAUGAAAGAAGAAAGACAAGAUCUGAAAGAGGUGGAUGAGAAAUAUGAGGAUAAGAAAGCUCCCGAUGUCAAUGAAGAAAAUGCAGCUAGUUGCAGCAUUAAAAAAACAGAAGUCAAAAGGCCUUUCAGCUGCUCUCAGUGUGGAAAGAGUUAUACACAGAAAGGACAACUUAAGAUUCAUUUGGUAACUCACUCCUCAGAAAAACCUUUCACCUGCCCUCAGUGUGGAAAAACUUUCUGGUAUAAAGCAAGCCUUAAGAAGCACAUGCUUAUUCAUACUGGGAUAAAGUCUUUCAGCUGUUCUCAGUGUGGAAAGAGUUUUACACUGAAAGAACACCUUAAUAAUCAUUUGUUAACUCACUCUUCAGAAAAACCUUUCAGCUGCUCUCAGUGUGGAAACACUUUCUGGUAUAAAGCAAGCCUUAAGAAUCACAUGUUAAUUCAUGCUGGAAUAAAGCCUUUCAGCUGUGCUCAAUGUGGAAGGAGUUUUACACAGAAAGGACACCUUAAAAGUCAUUUGGUAACUCACACUUCAGUAAAACCUUUCACCUGCCCUCGAUGUGAAAAAACUUUCUCAUGUAAAGCAAGCCUUAAGAAGCACAUGUCAAUUCAUGCUGGGAUCAAGUCAUUCAGCUGCUCUCAGUGUGGAAGGAGUUUUACACAGAAAGGACAACUCAAGAUUCAUUUGUUAACUCACACUUCAUAAAAGCAUUUCACCUGCUCUCAGUGUGGAAAAUCUUUGUCACAUAAAGGAUACCUUGAGAAUGUUUAAAGUGCUCAUUGAAUGCCCCUUUUCCACAGGUUUUAUGAUUCUUUAGGGUCUUAAAGGGGUCAUAUGAUGCGAUUUUCAAACUUUCUCUUUGGAGUGUUACAAGCUCUUGGUGCAUAAAUAAGAUCUGUUAAAUUGUAAAGACUAAAGUCUCAAAUCCAAAGAUAUAUUCUUUAUAAAAUUUAAGGGUCA